AUGGUAUUCACACCGCCGGCAUGGGUUCCUCAGUUACCCAUAGAUCCGCCGGACUCCAUCACCAUCGCUGAGUUUAUGAGCAACGAAACGUACGGCCGGUAUCCCAUCGUCAAAUCUCGAAAUCCUUACACCUGUGGUCUCACAGGUAAGACGUACAGUGCCGCUGAGGUGAUUGAGAGAGAACACUGCCUCGCUCGCGGGAUAGGGCAAGCGCUAGGCUUCGACCCUUACGACGGCUCGGAAUGGGACAGGGUUGUUGCAAUAUUCUCUUUGAAUACGAUUGACUAUAUUUCCGUCACACAUGCGAUUCAUCGGCUCAAUGGCAUCGUCACACCCGCCAGUGCCGUGUACUCGACUUCGGAGCUUGAGCAUCAGCUCCGCUAUUCCGGUGCCAAGGCACUAUUCACCUGUGUGCCACUAUUACCAGUAGCUCUGAAGGCUGCUGAUGCAGCUGGAAUUCCGCGAGAUAAUAUUUUUAUCCUCCCAAUGCCGAAGGCAGGUACUAUGCUGCCAUAUAAGACGGUGGACGACCUAAUAAAUGCCGGCCGAGGUUUGCCUAAAUUGCCACCUCUGAAAUGGUCUCAGGGUCAAGGAAGUCGUCAGGUAGCAUUUCUGUGCUAUUCUAGUGGAACUUCUGGAUUGCCUAAAGCUGUCAUGAUCUCACACCGCAAUGUCAUUGCCAAUAUUCUCCAAAAGAGGACCUUUGAGUCAAUUCCACGAAAGUCGCAAGGUGUCGACACACAGGUGAUCCUUGGCCUGUUACCCUUUAGUCACAUUUACGGCCUUGUCUUGAUUACCCAUGUGAGCGCCUUUCGCGGAGACGAGGUUAUCGUACAGCCACGGUUUGAGCUUGAACGGUGUCUGGCUGCCAUUGCCCAGUUCAAGAUUCAACAACUGAACCUCGUGCCCCCGAUUUUGAUUCAGAUGUUGAAAAAUCAGGAGAAGUGUCGAAAGUACGACCUUAGCAGCGUGCGCUUUGUCUACACGGGAGCAGCACCACUGGGUCGCGAAACUGCAGAAGAUCUUAUGUCGAUUUAUCCAAAAUGGCACAUUGGCCAGGGUUAUGGUCUCACCGAAACGGCGACAGUCGUCACAUCGACUAGCGAGCUGGACAUACUUAUAGGGUCAACAGGGUCUUUGGUUCCAGGAACGAAAGCCAAAAUCAUCGACUCUCAGGGAAGUGAGGUUACCGACUAUGAUGUUCCCGGCGAGUUGUUUGUGCAAAGUCCAUCCGUGGUCCUGGGAUAUCUCAACAGCGAAAAGGCCACGGCAGAGACAUUUGUGUGGCACGACGAUGGCCGCUGGAUGCGAACUGGCGACGAGGUGGUGGUACGAAAAUCACCCGCGGGGAACGAGCAUUUCUUUAUCGUCGACCGCAUCAAAGAGUUGAUCAAAGUUAAGGGUCACCAAGUUGCUCCUGCAGAGUUAGAAGCGCACUUGUUGACACAUCCAUAUGUUGCUGAUUGUGCGGUUAUCCAAGUUCCCCAUGAAAGUUCCGGUGAAGUCCCGAAGGCAUUUGUAGUCAAGUCGGAAGAAGCCAGGAGCAAAGUGGAUACUGAUGUAGUCGAGGAUAUCUGCAAGCAUGUAGAGAAUCAUAAAGCAAGACACAAGUGGCUGAAGGGCGGGGUUGAGUUUGUGGACUCGAUUCCAAAGAGUGCGACGGGUAAGAUCUUGCGGCGACUAUUGAGAGAUAGAGAGAAGCAAGCGCGGAAUGCGAAGAAGGAGAAAUUGUAA